UUUCCCACUCUCCAGUAAAACGGGGUGAGGAUGGAUCAUUGAAGAUGAUUUAUUGAGUAUCGUAAAAGUCUACUUUUAUUUUCAAGAAUCACUCUCGUUUAAUUUCAAGUGCUUUAUGUCACCGACAAUAUUCAUGACUGAUAAUGAAGGCAAUUUAAUUCAAUGUUUAGCUUAGACCGUGUAGGGUCCGCAUUUUAAAAAUAAUAAUUGGACGGUGCAUGGUAAUGGAGAAAUAUGAAGAAAUGGAGAAAGAACUUGUUUUUCGGAAUUUGAAUAUAAGUCUGCAACAAAAGCAUGUGCUUAAAAACAUCAGUGGCGUGGCGAGGUCCAAGGAAAUUUUAGGAGUGUUCGGUCCAAAAGGUGCUGGAAAAACAACAUUAGUAGAGACUUUGGCUGGACAACUGAAGCCAUAUGUUGGAGAUGUAUUGUUAUGUGGAACACCAGUCGAACACACCCGAGCGGAAGUUAGUUUAGUGCAGGCUACCGAUCUACACCUACCUACACUGACAGUGUUGGAAACACUCAAGUAUUCAGCGAUACUCCGACUCCACACCAAUCCCACAAAGGAUAUAGAGUUUAGACUGCGUCACGUGAUCGAUCUGUGUCAACUCGAUGCUUUCAAAGACCUGAUGAUCCAAUUCCUUCCUGUUCCUGCGCGAAAAAGGACAAGUCUGGCCUGUGAAUUACUUCUGAACCCAUCGGUGCUCAUCAUAGACGAUCCUGUUACAUCAAUGGACUAUAAGGAUGCUAUAGGUUUCCUGAAGUUAUUACGUCACUAUGCCGAAAAGUUUGACAAAGUCGUCAUAGCAUCACUCCCUGCAGCUCCGAGUGCCUUCUACAGCGUCUGUCACAACCAGCUCUUCUUGUACAGUGGUCAUAUAGCUUACUAUGGAACAGCUGAUAAGCUCCCAACCUUCCUGAAGGAGCUGGAGCUAUUUACGCCAGAAGGAUACAACCCUGCAGAUUAUAUGUUGGAGUUGUUGAAUGAAGACACCUUAGAUGAUCGAUCUCCAAUUCAAGAAAAAAUUGUACAAGAGAUGUACAAAAGGAGACAAGAACCCGGAUGGGAGUGCAAGUCAUUCCUUAACAAAUAUCCAAUCACAUGUCAUCACAAACAUGCUGCUAAGAAUGGAAAUGGCACCAAGAAAUUCGAAACGUCGCUUCACGUGGAGAACGAGGAAGUAGAAAUUUUGUUGGAGAAUUCGGCACCCGACUCUUCUGUGUUCGACACCACAUUUUGUCAUCAAUUCAGAGUUCUGUUAUGCCGAAAUUUUCACAAUGCUCGACGAAGAAUAUUGAACCCAAUUAGUCUUAUUCAGAACUUUUACAUCCUAGUCAUUUGUGUGCUUAUCUGGUGGCGGCCAGAAAGAGUGGAGAACGAAGUCAUGGACCGAAUGGGACUGUUUUUCUUCACGGUUGUACAGUGGGCAUUCUUUGCUUUGUUGGACGCCAUCCUUACUUUUCCAAAAGAACUUAAAGUUAUAAACCGUGAACGGAAGUUCCGCCAAUACAGACUGUCAGCAUUUUGCUUGUCCAAGUUUCUCAGUGAAAUUCCUCUAGCCAUUCUUCAGCCAUGUUUGUUCAUGGUGGUUAUAUACUGGGUCGCUAACCUCAAUGGCGUCUCGGCCUUUUUGGCGUCCACCGGAGUUCUUAUCAUAGAUGUUCUUGCGGCUCAGAGCAUCGGGGUGUUUAUUGGAUCCGCCCUUCAGCCACCAUGGACAGUGACGAUCGUCUCUCUGGGACUCUUGUCAAUGAUGUUGUGGGGUGGCGCUUUUAAUACUCCACCAUCAUGGCUGAGUUGGGGAAAAUACGCAUCUUUCUUUUUUUAUGGAUUGCAAGCUCUGAUUGUCUUGGAAUUUAAAGAUGCACCUCCAAUUAAAUGUCUACCUAACAGCACACUUCCGGUUUGUAAUAUGGUAAACCCAGCCACUAACAGCACAGCGGAGGAAUUUGACUCUGAGGUCAUACUGAUGGUUCAGAAAAUCACGUGGCCUGUAUGGAAAUAUAUCGGCGUUCUGCUUGGUAUUAUGGUGGUCACGCGUGUUCUGUGGUAUAUCGUGAUGAGGAGGCAGAAAAUCCACAGGCAUUCGUAAGAGUGAAGGAGGAGAAAUCAAAUAUUGUGAUGCUUUUUUUAUACCUCAGCUUGUUACGUUAGAACUAUUGUGCUAUUCAGAUCGAAUGAUAUUUAUACUUGUUGAAUGAACAUCACGUAAUAAAAAAA